GCACAGACGCCACAUUCCGUCACUUAUUCUCCCCUUUUAGCCUUUUAAAUCCUGUUUUAUUUCACCUCCAUCCCCUCUGUUAGCACUCUUUCAACCGUCUGUGGACAUUUGCGGACUGGGCUUGUUUGUGUGUGAGACCUCCGGAGAAGCACCGCGGGAAGUGAGUCAAAGUUCUCCCCGUCCUGUGUGAGGGAUGAGCGGACUGUUGGACCGCCAGGAGUCGGUGCUCGAAUAAAUACGAGGACGGACCGCCAGGAGGUUUUUUUUUUAUUUUAAUCGCCGCCGAAAUGGAGCAAAGUGACGUUCCAGCCCCUGCAUCUCCCCGUGAAGUGCUGAAGCGGAAGACGAGCAGGCCUGAGCCGGAGGGGGCGAGCAGUCCCCAGAAGAGCGCCCAGAGGAUGGAGUCGCCGGGCAGGAAGGAGGCGGAGCGGAGACUGACCAAAGCUGACGUGAUCCCGGGGUCGCCCGCCUCACCCGCCUUGAGAUCGAAAAGAGACACGGUCAAGUCAGAGGAGAGGCAGCAGCUGGCUAAGGAGCGCAGAGAGGAGAAAGCCAAAUAUGUGGAAGAGCUCAGCAAGCUACAAGCGGCAAAGAAGAGUCAGUGGGUGGAGAAGGAGGAGAAGGCCCGGCAGCAGAGGGAGAAGCAGCUGGAGGAGCGGCGCAGGAGGCUGGAGGAGCAGCGCAUCAUGGCCGAGAAGCGCCGGGCCGCCUUGGAGGAGAGGCAGAAGCAGAAGCUUGAGAAGAACAAAGAACGCUACGAGGCCGCCAUCCACCGCUCAACCAAGAAGACGUGGGCUGAAAUCCGCCAGCAGAGAUGGUCCUGGGCUGGGAAUCAGAACCAGAAGGAAACCCGCAACGUGACACUGAGCCGCUGGGAGAGCAGCAUCGUGGACCGCCUGAUGACGCCCACCUUGUCUUUCCUGGCCCGCAGCCGCAGCGCCGCCAGCGUGCUGCCCAACGGAAAAGACGGCCAGUCUCCACUGUGCCCCCGCUCGUCCUCCGCCAGCCCGCUGGCACUGUGCACCCACCAACCCCAUCACCGCUGCUCUGAACGCUGGAGGGUGACGUCCAGCACGCCCGAUAUCGCUCACCGACGCAGCUCCACACCCAUGGACAGGACCAAAAAAGAGAAGAGAGACAAGGAGCGGGAGAAUGAAAAGGAGAAAAAUGCGCUGACAAAAGAGAAGUUUCUCAAGAAGAGGCAGUCUCUUCCCAGCAUGAGACACAGAUCAGAGCUCAGCCCCAGCCCGCUAUCCAGGCCGCGGCCGUCGUCGCCUGCCGCGGCGAAGGUCAGGCCCGCCUCCCCGAGUCCCGCCUCCUCCCCGAAGCCUCCGUCCGCGCGCGGCAGCCCGUCGACCCCGAAAGGGCGGCCCAGGAGGGCGAGGACCCCCGCCCGGGUGGACCACCGCACCUCCUCACCCAUCCCCCUGGAGAGAGUGAGGGAGCCCCGCAGGCCGCUCACGCCGGACAACAGUCGCCGUUCUCCUCUGGUUCCUGCUGGCCGAGCGGCGUCCAACAUCUCCGCUUCUCUGGCCGCCUCCCCGUCGCCUGAGCCGCUCAGGAGAGACGUCCCUCCGGUCCAGGCGGCCUCACCCUCCAAGCCCAUGGCGGGCACCAACGACCCGGAGGAGGCGGCACGCAUCCUGGCCGAGAAGCGGCGGCAGGCUCGCGAGCAAAGAGAGCGAGAGGAGCAGGAGCGACGCCAGCAGGAGGAGACAGAGAGGAUCCUGAGAGAGGAGCGACUGGCGAGGGAGGCGGAGGAUCAGCGUCGCCGCGAGGAGGAGGCCCUCGCCAUGGCCCAGGAGCAGCAGAAGAGGGACGAAGCCCGGCGGCUGCAGGAGGAGAAGGAGGCCGAGGAGUGGGCCAAGGCCGAGCACCAGGAGAACCUUCGCUUGCAGAAACAGAAGGAAGAAGCCGAGGCUAAAUCUCGCGAGGAGGCGGAGAAGCAGCGUGUGGAGAGGGACAGACACUUCCAGAAGGAGGAGCAGGAGAGGCUGGAGAGGAAGAAGCGCCUGGAGGAGAUCAUGAAGAGGACGCGCAAGACGGACGCAGGUGAAAAGAAGGAGACUAAAUCCCCGUCGCCCCCUCCAGUCAGCAAGGCAGAAUGCAGCCAAGAAUCUGCCCAACAACAACCCGCCUACAACAACAACAACAAAAGAGAGCAUGGCCAGAGUGGCGUGAGACAAAGCCCCCCGACCCAGACCUUGAACGGGGUCCAGCUCGGCGUGAGACACGAGAACGGCUUGUCCGGCAAAGGAGACGCCGCCAGCUUUGAGGAGAUCAUCAUUAACGCCGCCAACGGGGCGAAGGGCAGGUCUGAGACCGGCAUGGCCCCUGAGGACAUCUUGGGGUUUGAGAGCGAGGACACCUUCAUGAAGAAGGCGGGGCCAUUGAAACCGCAACAUGCUGCAGAGGUGCUGUGACGGCGCGGUGGUCCCGUGUCAAAGCAUUUGGCCUCACACCGGAAGACGCCAUGUUCUGAACCCUCAAUAACGGUCUCUGAAGAUGAAUGGAUGGGAGGGCGCCAUCACCUGACAGGAUGUGAGAUGUUGCCGCAGAAAGCAGUCCGUGCACCUUAUUCCACUUUGUACAGGACAGCCCGGCUAAUACGUGUUCAACUUUGAUGUGAACACAUGAAGCUAGAAAACACACUGAAGGGAUUUGCUGUGUAAAAAUGCUGAUUGUUCGUAUGGGAGGCAUUCAUGAGUGUACACCUUUAAUAGGUCCAAUCUACAUAAAUAGAGAUUUCUAUUUAAAAGCUGUUUCUCUUCCUCGUGACAAAUGCGCAAGACGUUUGCUUCCGGACUGAUCGGGAUGUGUACAUGCUAUAAAUAUAUUUGGACGUGCGCUGUCAAGGUCGUUGGGAAGUCUUUCAAGUCUUAUUAAAAGACAAACUGU